AUGCAUCAUCGACUGCUUCUUUUGCUCACUGCCAUUUCAUCUAUCCUUGUAAAGGCACCAUAUGGUUUCAGUGUUGAUCUUGUUCAUCGCCAUUCACCACUGUCUCCCUUCUACAAUGCUUCUCUAGUCUCCUCCGAGAUCCUAAGAAAAAAUGCCAUUCAUUCAAUGCACCAAGUCGAACUCUUACAGUCUUCGAUUAAGGACAACGUCGCCAAAUCCAUCGUUGUUCCGAGUGAUCAGGGCUUUUAUCUGAUGAACCUGUCCUUUGGAACCCCACCUGUUGAAUACUUUGCCAUUGUUGAUACAACAACCGACCUUACUUGGAUACAAUGUGUUCCGUGUACUCGGUGUUACUCUCAAGGCUCUUCUCUUUUCGAUCCCGAAGCGUCUUCUACUUACCAAGCGUUUUCUUGCGAUUCACAGAUUUGUCAAGCUUUGAGUGGAGAACAAUGCUUCAAGACCAAUGAUUGUCAAUAUAAUAUUACCUAUCCGGAAGGGUCGAGUACCCUUGGAAUCCUGAGUUCCGAUACCUUGAGUAUCGAUUCCGAAAAUGGCGAAAAAAUCGCAUUCCCCAUGUCUAUAUUUGGCUGUGGACGUAAUAAUCAAGUUAACUUCGGACACCCUGGCUUUGCUGGAAUUGUCGGCCUAGGAGGAGGGCCUUUUUCAUUAAUUUCUCAGAAAGCAACUCAAAUUAAUUACAGAUUUUCCUAUUGUUUUGCUCCAGAUUCUGCAAAAUCUAGUGGUAAACUAAUAUUCGGACAAGAAUCGAUAACUUCUCGUCCCGGUUCUGUUUCGACUCCUCUUGUGUCCAAUUACCCUCAAUCGUUCUACUACCUUACUCUCGAAGGUGUUACCGUAGGAAACAAGACCGCAUGGUCGUCUUCAAGCCAAGGGAAUGUCGUCAUUGCUUCUGCGAUUACAUUAACGAUCCUAGAACAAGAUUUAUAUAAUGGCGUAGAGGCUAUGGUGAAAGAUGCCAUUGUAGAAAAGCCGGUGCAAGACCCUUCAGGCACAUUUAACUUGUGUUAUGUGGCCGGGACUAACAUCAAUGUUCCGGAAAUGGUGUUCCAUUUCACCGGUGCCGACAUUCGGUUGCGACCGAUCAACACAUUUCAAGUUAACGGCAACUUGGUUUGUAUGAUGAUAGUUCCAACCAAUUCUAACCCCUCUGUCUUUGGAAGCUAUGCACAAGUAAAUUUUCAGGUGGAAUAUGAUCUUCAAAACAGGACCGUCUCUUUUGCCCCAACAGAUUGUGUCGGAAAAUAAACUUGUAGUUAGACUAGGUUUCUUGCUUUAU